AUGGAAAACAUCUCCUCUUCCCACAUUCUUACUGUCACAGCUCUGAAUGACUGGGACUGGACCAGCAGGAUCUUAUUUUUUUCUUUUGCACUUCCUGGAUACCUUCUAACUAUCAUUCUGAAUGCCACCUUGAUUAUGAUUAUUGCAUUUGAGAAAGCUCUCCAUGAGCCCAUGUACAUUUUCCUGUGUAAUCUGUGUAUCAAUGAUCUAUGUGGAAUCACUGGGUUUUAUCCCAGGGCAUUGACAUAUUUACUCACAGAAAGAAAUGUGAUUUCUCAUGAGGAAUGUAUUGUUCAAGGUCUUGUCAUUGUCAUAUAUGCAACUGGAGAAUUCACAAGUUUAAGUGUAAUGGCUGUUGAUAGGUACAUAGCCAUAUGUCGACCAUUACAUUAUCAUAGAAUUAUGUCGUCUUUCACUGUGCUGAGCCUGGUGACUUUUAUUUGGGUAUUUUCUUGCUUUGUGGGUCUAAUGGCAAUCUCAUUGACUCUGAAGUAUCCUAUUUGCAGACACAACAUUAACAAACUUUUCUGCGAACACCUUUCCUUGUUGAAUCUUGCAUGCAAACAUGAUAUUUUUGAAGGAAUUGUUAAUGGAUUUAUCUUUAUCAUCAUGAGUUUCCUUUUUGUUUUCGUUCUAUUAUCCUAUUUAAAAAUCAUUCUUGCUUGUAGAAAAUCUAAAGUAAGUCGAGAGAAGUUCUUCAGCACAUGUAUACCACACUUGAUUUCCUUCCUCAACACAACCUGUGGUCUUUCUGAUUCUCUAUACACAAAAUUUAACAUAGAUACACUGUCUCAUGUAGAACAUACUUUUUUGUCUAUAAUAAUCCUGACUGUUCCCCCUUUUCUCAAUCCUCUAAUUUAUGGUAUAAAAUUAGGUCCAAUUAGAGCAAAAAUAUUGUAUAUUUUCCAAAGACCAAAAAUUAAAUAA